CUUGUCUUCCGCGUUCAGUGCAGCUGUCCGCUGCGAGGUGAGGAGGCGGUUUGGAGCCGUGCAGAGCUUCGUUGGUGACAGCCAUGCUGCUCCCUGGGGGUAAGCAGCUCUUGAUGCGGCUCUCCGGCUGCUGGAAGCCCCUGCUCAAUGGGCGUCUCCUGCUUGUGACCAACACCGUGAGCUGCGGGGCGAUCCUGGCCACGGGGGACAUCAUUCAGCAAACUCUAGAGAGGAGGAAACGACCCGGGCAGCAGAGGAGCUGGGCCCGCACCGGGCGGAUGUUUGCCAUUGGAUGUUCCAUGGGGCCAGUGCUGCACUUCUGGUACUCUUGGCUGGACCGCAUGUACACCGGGAAGACCUUAGCAGUGGUCACCAAGAAAGUCUUAAUAGACCAGCUGGUGGCAUCACCUACCUUUGGCGGCUGGUACUUUGUGGGGAUGGGCAUUUUGGAAGGCCGCUCGGCAAAGCACGGCUGGGAUGAAUUUGUUUGCAAGUUUUGGGAAUUCUACAAGGCCGACUGGUGCGUGUGGCCCCCUGCUCAGAUGUUUAAUUUCUAUUUCCUGCCCGCCAAGUUUCGGGUCAUCUUUGUGAACAUUGUCACCCUGGGAUGGGACACGUAUCUGUCCUACAUCAAGCACCGAGACCCUGAACUUACAAACAAGCCCAGCGGGACCCUCGGACAUCAAGACUCGGAGCCCUCAGAGGUCACAAAGAGUCUGAAGGAGAGACUGUGAAGUUUCCUAGCAUUCCCUUGUAGGUGCCAGCGUGGGACUUUCUCCUGUAUGCCAUUGAAACUGCCAGGGACCUUUGGGACUUCUCUGAGCCAUGGUGACCAGUCUGCAGGGUCAAACCAGCGCUGAAGGACCAAUUUGCUUGUUCUCGGCAUGGGCGCUGCCUUUGGCGCACUCCCUCAUGGGCACAAACACAUCUGAGGGCUGCUCAGGAAGCUCAGACUUGGGUGGCACUGCCCACCUUUACCUCAACAGCCUUUCCAGUUUUUAUAUUCCUCUGCCACCUCACAAAGCCUAAAUUGCUCCAGUGAGGCGAGCAGCUGCUCACUCCAUUGCCACUUGGGUACUCUCUGUCUGCCCAACAUGCCAUCAUUCGUUAGCACCGGUCACAUAUCCCAUCAUGCAUUGCUCCCUCAGCUCAUUCCCCAUAUGCUGUCACCCAGUGGUCUUCAGCAUGUGCCUCCCUCGUGUCCCAUCAUUCCUUGCUCUGUCACCACUUAUCCCGCCAUUGAUUCCUGCAGAUUUCUGUGCCACUGCUCUGUUGUGCCUUUUCACAUGUGUGAUGGGAGGCAGCCUUGCCAGUGUGCCAUGGUGUCUGUGAUUGAGACUGGCCACAGGUACCCAUUCAUGCACAGUGGUGUUGCCCCUUGGUAAGCCCACCUGCCUCAGAUGUCUCACACACAGCUGAUGACUACAAGUUGGUUUUGUGUCUUUUGUGCCCCCUUCUUGACUUUCUAUACCAAUGUGCCAGCUGCUCUCUUGCCCUGCCUGUCCAAUAAGUUGCCUUUUUGUCCCCAUUGGCCUGCAGCUUUGACAUUUCAGUGCCAGCUCUCCUUUAUGCCAGGGCUUUUCAAAGCCAGAGUGCCAUUUUAUAAUAAAUUGGAGGAUUGGACAGAGGCGGCACACCAAGUGGGUCUCGAGGUUGGUACACUCCCUGGUCAGCUCCUGUCCUGGACUCCUGGUGCUGGCCGCCUGCCCGCUUGUGUUCUGAGUGACCCCUGUGGCCCCCCCUUCAGUCUCCCUGUGGUUCACUUGCUGUGUUGUCCUGUAAGUAAAGGUGGGCUCCUCUGUCA